UUAACGUUACCGUCAGAGAGAAACCUCUCCAUCGGUGAUUUCUAAUGCGGUAGGUCGCGAUACUGUGCCAUAUGACAUGAUCAUUACUACGAGGAACUACGAUCUUCACCUCUAACGCCUGCUUUUGACAAUCGACGAUAUCAUCCGUCGGUUAAAGGAGGCAAGGGGUGCGUCGGAAGGUGAGACGAUAAGGGAUUUGAUGACGACUUUGACCUGAAGAUGAAGAAGAGUUUAGACAAUGGCUUCAUCGGUGAAGUGCUGGUUCGACUUCUUCUUUUAGCCGUGUUUCUAGUUACUGAGGCUUUGCCUCCUUUUACUCGAGAGAUCCAGCCCGAAGAACUGUGGCUCUACAAGUUCCACCACGUGGAAAAUGAUCAUGUGCCCACCAACCUCAUGUUUAGUAUCGCCCUCCUCACACCACUGGUGGCCAUCUUUCUGUUUGCCUUCCUGAGGAGAGCUGACCGAGGGGACGUGAAGGAGGCCUCUCUGGCUGUGACUCUAACUCUGGUGCUCAACGGGGUCUUCACCAAUGCGGUCAAGCUCACUGUCGGCCGGCCGCGGCCAGACUUCUUUUACCGCUGUUUCCCGGACGGGAAGUUCAACGCCGAGCUGAGGUGUAGCGGUGACCCGGAUGUGGUCAUGGAGGGCAGGAAGAGCUUCCCCAGUGGACACUCCUCCUUUGCCUUUGCAGGGCUGGGCUUUACGGCGUUGUACCUGGGGGGAAAGCUGCACUGUUUCAGCCCCGUAGGCAGGGGGCGCUCUUGGAGGCUCUGCAUCUUCCUCAUGCCGCUCCUCUGUGCCAUCCUCAUCGCCGUGUCCAGGACCUGCGACUACAAACACCACUGGCAGGACGUGCUGGUGGGGUCUCUGCUGGGCAUGAUCUUCUCGUACCUGUGCUAUCGGCAGCACUACCCGCCGCUCAGCGACAUGGACUGCCACCGACCGCUCCGCCUCAGAGAAGCUUCCGGAGCCUGCGGGGGAGCACAGGAGAGCAAGCAGAACCGAUCUGGAUACCUCCUGCCACUCUAGGAGAACCUCUCCCUCUCUUCACCUCUCCCUCUCUCUCCCUCUCCCCCUCUCUCCCUCUCCCCCUCUGUCCCUUCAUCUACCUCCAUCUCUCACACUCAUUCUCUCUUUCACAUGUUCUUUCCU